AUGGCUGAAGAAAUGGUUGGUGAAAGUGACGACAAGAUGAAAAAAACUCCGGGGAUUCUAACGAAAAAACCCGGGAAUACGAAUCGAUUUAAAUUGAGAUUUUCCAAAAGUUGGGAAAUCGGUCGAUCGGAUUUGUAUUAUCCAAAAUUUCUCAAAUUUUUGGAACCUGUCGUAACGUCAAAAUUCUAUUCCGGUCACGACAUUUUAAAACCCGAAGACGAAGAAUCCAUAUGA